AAUAUCAAAAUGAAAUUUACGGAUUUAUUUUUUAAAUAUUAAUUUAAUAUUUUGUAUUGUAAUUUGAUAUUAAUGCUGAUAAUGAUGUAUCUGUAUUGUGCAAUUUAAAUUAUCAUAUAAUAUAUAUAACUUUUUAUCAUGUUUAUUUUAUUUUAAGUAUAAAAUCGUUCCCAAUCCUUUAGCGAUUGGGAAAUAAGGUUAAUUGCUUACGUAUUAUAGAUAUAUAAGAUAUAAUGGUAAUUUCAUUUUUAUUAAUAUAAUUUUGAUAUAUAUGUAUAGUUAAUGUUAUGAUAAAAUUUCUUUUUAAUUAUAUAAAUUACGUAUCUAUUAUUUUUGAAUGUGUAUGGCAAAGAAAAACAGAGUGAAAUAAUGAACAAAUCCUGGAAUGUAUUGGUGACGGGAGGUGCUGGGUACAUUGGUUCUCAUACAGUAUUGGAAUUAUUGCAAGCAGAUUUUGAGGUGGUGGUAAUAGACAACCUUAGUAAUGCUUAUAAAGGAAAUGAUAAUACAAAACCAGAAUGUUUAUUACGAGUAGAAAAAUUAACAAAUAGAAAAAUCAUAUUUGUUCAAUGUGAUGUAACAAAUUUGGAUGAAUUACAAAAAGUAUUUGAAAAGUAUAAAUUUCAUUCUGUUAUACAUUUUGCUGCUUUAAAAGCUGUGGGUGAAUCUUGUGAAAAACCCUUAGAAUAUUAUAAAACAAAUGUUUGUGGAACAUUGAAUUUAUUAAAAGUUAUGAAAGAAUUCAAUGUGAAAUGUUUUAUUUAUUCAAGUAGUGCCACAGUUUAUGGCAUCCCAGAAAAACUACCAUUAGUUGAAGAUAUGAAAACUGGUAAUUGUACUAAUCCUUAUGGAAAAACAAAAUAUAUGGUUGAAGAAAUUUUGAAAGAUCUGUGUAUUUCAGAUAAGGACUCAUUUCAGGCAUGGUCUGUUAUAUCUUUGAGAUAUUUUAAUCCAGUUGGAGCUCAUUCUUCUGGAUUAAUUGGAGAAGAUCCUAAUGGAAUACCAAAUAAUUUAAUGCCAUAUAUUGCUCAGGUAUCUGUAGGAAAAAGAGAAAUUUUAUAUGUUUAUGGGAAUGAUUAUGAUACUCCUGAUGGAACAGGCAUACGAGAUUAUAUUCACAUUACGGAUUUAGCUGUGGGCCAUGUAAAAGCAAUGAUUUAUCAAAAAAUUCAUAAUUUUACAGGAUUUAAAGUGUUUAAUUUAGGUACUGGAAAAGGAUAUUCAGUAUUAGAAGUUAUACGAGCAUUUGAAAAAGCAUCGGGACGAAAUAUACCAUAUAAGAUAAUCGAACGCAGACCAGGUGAUAUCUCUGCAAGUUAUGCAGAUGCUAGUUUAGCUAAUAAAGAACUAGGUUGGCAAGCUACUAAAAAUAUAGACAAUAUGUGUUUAGAUACAUGGAGAUGGCAACAAAAUAAUCCAAAUGGAUAUAAAUCUUCAUAAUAAAUAUUGAAAUAUUUCUUAUAAGAAAAUAUAAAAUAUUUCAAGCAGAACAUUUUAUUUAUAUAUUCAAUUAUUUUAAACAUAAAGCCAUGGUGGUGUCUGGUUACCAAAGUUUAAACCAAAGCCCAAACUAAAUAUUUAUUUUAUAUUUAAAAUUAAUUAUAAAUAUGUUUAUUUUAAAAAAAUUUUACAUUUAUAUUUAAUAAUUACAAUUAACAAGUCAUUAUCUUUUAAAUGAUAAUUUAUAUACUAAAUUAUUGUGCCAUAAAAUAAAUAUGUUCCUAUAAUUGUAAAAAAGAAUGAUAUUAAUAAAAUAAUAUUAAAAUAUUAAAA